AUGCCGGUGGCCGAAGAUGGCGCAUCUCGGACACAGAGUGUCCAGGACCAGGUGCAGGGCGCCAUGGCUGUGAUGCAGGACAACAUGCGGGCCAUGGCCGAGAGAGACUCGCAACUGAAUCACUUGGAGGCCAGGACCAACGACCUGCAAGGGGCCUCCAAGGCCUUCAGCUCUGGAGCAAAGCGCUUGCAAAGGCACUAUCAGUGGCAGAGGUACAAGUUCUACUUCGCGGUCGGUGCUGUGGUGGUGCUGGCCGUGGCUCUGAUCUUGCUGCCCUCACAGUACAAAGUGCCCUUCUUCGUGGUGUCCGUGCUGAUCCUCGGAGUGCUGGCGCUGAUCAACGCCUUGCUGGGCCGCUAUCGCGACCUCCGCGAGGAGGAGCCGGCGAGCAACGUGGAGCUUGGAGAGUCUCUGACGCGCGAUGGCAUGGAGUGA